AUGGUCAUGACUCAAUCAUUUUCUUUGAGAUUUAUUGCUAGAGAAAUACCUCAACAGUUUUUGGAUGACAAGGAAAUUGCUAUGGCAGCUAUCAAAAAGAACCCCAAGAAUGUUGAGCUAAUUAGUGAUAGAUUGCAAAACGAUGAAAACUUCUUCCUGGAAUCUGUGAAGGCAAAUAUAUUCUCCUAUCGUGAGUUUCCAGAACCAAUUAGAGAAAAGAGAGAAAAUGUUCUGAAAUUGGUACACAAUAAUGCUCCACUUUUUAUAUUUCCCAAUAAUUUUAGAAUGGACACAGAGAUAGUUCAAAUUUGUAUAGGCAAAAGAUGUUCAGAUUUAGGUUGCGUACACAAAUCAAUUCUAACCAAAGAAUUUCUCCUCUUAUUGAUUCAAAAGACAAACUAUGUAUCAUAUGACAUCUUUAGCUUCAUCCCAGAUCAUUUGAUUACAGAUACGGAUAUUGCCAAGGCAGUAUUUCAAAGAAAUGGAAUAUCUUAUUGCUUUAUGAACAAUAUGUUUAAAACAAGAGAAAUCACAGAACAAUAUCUUUCUCUCGAUAUCAAUAAUAAUAUUCUGAAUUAUUUACCACAUAAUUUAUUGGAAGAUAGAGAUCUGGUCAUUCGAUGCUUAAAGAAUGGAGUUGUAUACAGCCUUCCAAACAUGUACAAAAAUGAUAAGGAAAUUGUAAUGUUGGGAAUAGGAUUAUCAUACAAAGAUCCUUCACACAAUCACCAUGUAAACCUUGAUACAUUUAUUGGAGAAAAGCUAAGAAGGGAUAACAAAUUCAUGUUGGAAAUACGUGAGAAAUUCCCUGACAUAUCAAGUAUAUAA